GUUCAGGAAGAUCACAUAAUGCAAGCACACGCAGCAUACAGCAUAGGGCACUGAUAUUGUUCUGGGGGCAUGUCAUACUAACAGACAGUAUUAAGAAGACACCGCUAUCUAAUCAUUCAAACUAUUUAAUAGUUACUGUGUGCAGAAAUAGUAAAUUGUGCAGCUAAUAGGUUUUUAUUUUCAAUAUAUCUUGCAUCAAAAUGAUGUCACCUCUCAGACUGGUUUUAACAAGGGGGAAAGUGUCUGCAUGGCGUGAGCUGUCAGCCUGUGCCCAGGCAAAAGCAACAUUUGCAACAGGUCCACGGCAGACCGACACCACUUUCUAUGAAUUCCGUACUUACACUAUCAAGCCAUCCAAUAUGAGCGAGUUCAUGAAACAUACUAACGAGAACUUCCACUUUCGUACAAUUCACUCUGAGUUGAUUGGAUACUUUACUAUGGAGCUAGGAGCUCUGAAUAAAGUGUUCAGCAUCUGGAAAUAUGGCAAUUUUGCAGAAAGAACAGCCAUUCGGGCAAAACUUGCCCAAGACAAGGAUUUCAUGGAGAAGUAUCUUGCUAAAGCAUUGACGAUGAUUGAUAACCAGGACAGUGAAAUUGCUUACUUAGUGCCAUGGUGUAAGCUUGAUAAGCCAGAAAAAACAGGUGUUUAUGAAUUGGUCACCUUUCAGUUUAAGCCUGGCGGACCAGCUGUGUGGGGAGAUGCCUUUAGAGCUGCAAUCUCUACUCAUGUUCAUACUGGCUACACCAAACUUGUAGGCGUCUUCAACACAGAGUAUGGACUGCUAAACCAAGUUCACGUUCUGUGGUGGAAUGAGAGUCCGGACAAUCGAGCUGCUGGAAGACAUUUUGCUCACGAAGAUGGAAGAGUGGUGGCAGCUGUGAGAGAAAGUGUAAGAUUUCUGGAUUCUCAGAAGAAUGUGCUCCUCCUGCCGGCUGCUUUCUCACCCCUGAAGUAACACUUCCGAUUACUGCCAAUAUCUGAUGACAUAUGGCUGAUAUCCUAAUUGUACAUCUACAGCAAGGGAAGCUAUGAUGCUGGAAUGCUGGACACCUUGAUUGACAAGAUAAAACUUUCAGAAAUUUAAGGCAAUUGCAUUAAACCCCACAGACAAGUCACAUUAAUUUCUCCCUAGCUACAAUAUUUAUAUUCUAAAUAAACGUAUUUUGAAACA